AUGCCUAACAAUACAGAGAUCAAAAACCCGGAUCCUCACCCGGGUUCUAAGUCUAAACACACUGAUAAUCAAAAGUUAAUUAAAACCUUUUCAGAAGCAACGAAAACCAAUGAACAAAAUACUCAACAAGACUCAAAGACAGACAUGGCCGACCUUACUGACCUAAUGGACAUGAUGUUUGAAAAACUACAACAUUCAAUGUUGACAAUGAUGGAAAAAAUUAUGGACAAAAUGAUGGACCGCAUGGUUCAGCUAGUCAGCAGCCUGGUUAAAAAAUGA